CUGUGCACCAUAUCCACGCUAUUUAAACAAUCGACUAGUGUUGUCAAAAUUUAGGAUGGAUUUGUCAAAAUAUUAGUUAGAGAGAAACUCAUUUUUCUAAUAAUGGAGAAUCCAUGUAAACCUCCAAUUGAAGAAAAGUUAUACAGCUGUCCCCGCUUAUCUGAUGCGAGCGGAAAAAUUGAUUCGGCACAUGCAGAGGUUCGCCAGGUGGAAUGCGGAAAAGGUUUCGGAUUGUUCGGCGGGAAAAAGUCUGCUGAAGCCACGCCACCGCCUUUGAUCCCAGAAGAAAUGGCUCCACCACCAUACUCUGACCUUGGAAAAAAAGCCCAAGAUGUUUUCAACAAGGGCUAUCACUUUGGCCUAGUCAAGUUAGACAUCAAAACCAAAUCCGCCUCAGGUGUUGAAUUUGCCACUGGUGGGUCUUCCAAUCAAGAGUCUGGAAAGGUUGCUGGCUCUUUGGAAACCAAAUACAAAGUGAAAGACUAUGGGCUAACAUUUACUGAGAAAUGGACCACAGACAAUACGUUGAGCACUGAAAUGGCCGUACAGGACCAAUUGGUUCCUGGAUUAAAACUGUCUUCUGCACUGAACUUUGCCCCACAAACCGGAGGACAGUAUCAUAUUCAAGAUUCUAAUGUUAAUGUGGAAUUUAAUACUGAGCAAGAUUGGGGCAAACUUAAGACGAACGCUCUUUGGAGACCCCUACAAAAAACUGGCAACGUGAAAGCUGCUUACGUGAACAAGCAAGUGGCCAUCAAUGCUGAUUCAGACUUCAGAGCUGACGGACCAAUUGUUUCCGCUUCUGCCGUCGUUGGAUACCAAGGUUGGCUGGCCGGAUACCUUGCUGGUUAUGAUGUUAACAACAAGAAAUUGACGAAAAGUAACUUUGCCCUUGGUUUCACAUCGGGAGACUUUACUCUGCAUUCGAAUGUCGAUUGGAUCGGCAACGAUGCAGAUGAUCAAAGCGGAGAAGCCCACUACGGUGGAUCCAUUUACCAAGCCGUAAAUGCAAAACUUGAGUAUGGUAUAAUGGUAGACUGGUUUAACGGUGGUGGUGAAAGUGACGACAAAGAAAACAGUGGCGAUGGGGAUAAUGGUGGUAGUAAGACACUUUUUGGGGUUGGAGCGCAAUAUCAGCUCGAUCCGGACGCGUCGCUUCGGUUUAAGGUGAACAGUAACAGACAGAUAGGCCUAGGUUACCAACAGCGUCUACGAGAAGGUGUAACAAUAUGGUUGUCUGCUUUAAUUGACGGCAAAAAUUUAGAUCAAGCAGGCGAUCAUAAACUCGGGUUUGCGUUAGAACUGGAAGCCUGAAUAUCGCGCCUUUAGAAAUGUCACCGUAUAGAAGAUCUGUAUUUUUUGGUUAUAUACCUCUAAGUUUUUACUCUCUUCCUUAUUUUUACACAUCUACUGAAAUUUUGAAACCAAAUCAAGUUACGUAUUCGUAACAGUGAUUCAAGUCCAUCAACUAUUGUGGGGAGGUUGAAUAAAUUGCUUCUAUAUACGUCACCCUAAGUACAAUGUACCUUACUACCACAAAAUAUAUCGCUGUUUUUUUGUCAAUAAA